AUGGGCGCAUACAUCCCCCUCCCGCCUGACACCCGCCCGACAGUGGCGGAGUCCCUCCCUGGGAAACCCGAAACUCUGCCGCACCUCCCACUAUCACACCACCCACGCUCAGCCAAAACAGAACCAACUCAAUACUCUGUCUCUCCUGAGUCGCCCUGGCUGAAAAGACACCUGCCCCUGCACGCCGCCGCCUUCCCCAGCCCGAGUACACAUCCCUCAUCCGAACGCAACGCACCCCACACACACACACCCAGCGAACGCCGCCUGCACACAUCUGCAGCCAGAAAACGAAUGGGAUCGAGUAAAGGAAGCGGGACGAUGGCGCCGCCGAGUGACGUGCAGCCGGGGUGGGCGGGGACGGAGGAGUACGCGGUGGAGGGCACGCUGGGAGCGGGGGCGACGAGCACGGUGGCCUGUCUGGGCCUGCUCGACCGGCGCUUCCCGUUCGUCGUCCACGCCGUCGGCCGAGAGAGCCUCGCCUCCGACGUGCUGCUGGUCCCGCUCGAAUACGUCUCCGGCGGCUCGCUCGCCAACCAUCUCCAUCACUUCGGCCCCGUCGACGAGCCCCGCGCACAGCUGUACCUCGCCGAGCUCGCCUGCGCACUCGACUACCUCCACGGCCUCCCGCUCAUCUUCCGCGACCUCAAACCAGACAACAUCCUUCUGGCCGGCGACGGCCAUCUCAAGAUCGCCGACUUCGGGCUCGCCGUUGCGGGCCAGACGGCCACGGCCGUCUGCGGCUCCCCGCACACGAUUGCGCCCGAGAUCGUCCAGCGCCAGACGCCCUACGACCGCCGCGUCGACUGGUACUCCCUCGGCGCAGUCCUGUACGAGUGUCUGGUCGGCGAGCCCCCGUUUGCAGGCCUGGCGGGGGACCUGGCCGCGCUGCUGUACUCGGCCGUCCACCGGCAGCCGCGGAUCCCCAAGACCGUCUCCCCGCAGGCCAAGAACGUGCUCCUGCUGCUGCUGCAGAAGAACCCACACACCCGGCUCGCCGAUCUCCCCUCCCUCUUCCGCCUCCCCUGGCUCGCUACCGCCCACCCCCCGCUCUCCAAGCCCGCCGUCCUCAACAAGACCCUCCGCCCCGCCUUCGUCCCCGCCCCCCCGCCCCGGACCCCGCGCCGGACACCCGCCUGGCCGCCGUCCGCCGCCGCCUCCGUCUCCGCCUCCGACACCUCCGCCUCCCCCUCCUCCUCCCCAUCCUCAUAUCCGCUCUUCUGCACCCCGCAUCCUCCGCACCGCAGCCCGCCCCUCCGCCCCCAUCCGCUUCAAGGCCCUGUAUUACUAGUGUACCCAUUCGUCAUCGCAUGCACACACUUCCUUUCGCGUGCGCUCGCCGUCCCCGAGUGGGCUCAGCCUGGCGGCAGGCCGAAGCGCAGGGCAGACGAAGACAUCGUCAGGCGUCGGCCCCGGGUGCUACCCGCCCGCCUCCCGUGGUGUAAGUGGGAAAGGAUGGGUCGAGCAGUCGGGGAUGCCCCGUUUCUGCCCCGGAGCGACGCUUUCCCCCGGGCCGCAGCUCCGGGCUACCAGCAGCCUGCCGCCCUCCCGCGCCCGCCCCGGGGCCCAGCGAGGCCCCGGUCUGGGCCGGCGGGGCUGGGGACCCUCACACUCUCCACUUGGAAGCGUUGCACAGCUGGGGAAGCAGACACGGCUGGAGUCUGA